CUUUGAAACAACUAAUAUUAGAUGAACCAAAGACCAUUUAACCUUGAUGGUUACUGCUUAUGCCAACGUAAUGAAAUAUCAAAGUCUAUAAAAUGACAGUUAUAUGUCUGGAUAUUUGUAUUUUUGCUUUUGUAGAUAUUCAGAGACAAGAUGGUUUUGGAGAAAACUGUUGAUGAAGUUGCCAACACAAAGGAGUGUUGUACUAUUGAAGGAGAAGCAAAUGAAUGCUGCAACAGUGACUCAUGCCCAAAGAGGGGAUUUUCAACCUUUUUAUGGGAGAGUAGAUCCAAAUUCAUUUUCAAGCUUGAUUGGUGGGUCCUUUCCUAUAUCUGUUUAACGGAAUUUAUUAAAUAUCUAGAUGAGGCAAAUAUCAAAAACGCAUAUGUUUCUGGUAUGGAAACUCAUUUUCAUAUGAAAGAUAAUGAGUAUAAUCUUUUGACAACUUGGUGGACUAUUGGAUAUAUUGUUGGACAUUUACCUACUACAUUUUUAGUUACUAGACUGCGUAUUCGUUAUUGGCUUCCUGCUUUUCAAUUUUUAUGGGGAUCUCUUGUCAUGUCCAUGGCUGGUGCUAAGAAUAUUAAUACUUUGUAUGCAAUCAGAUUCUUUAUUGGUCUUUUACAAGCACCAGCAUUUGCCGGUUCUAUGCUUCUAUUUGCUGAUUGGUAUACACCUUCUGAAUUAGCUAAACGAUCAUUAAUUUACGAAGCAUCUUCUCCAGCUGCUAAAAUGUUUUCUGGUUAUAUUCAAGCUGGGUUAUAUAAAGGUAUGAAUGGUAGAAAUGGUUUGGAAUCUUGGCAAUGGCUUUUUAUCUUUGAUGGGGUUAUCGGUUUGCCACUAGCAAUUUAUGGUUACUUUGCACUUCCAGAUACUCCUUCCCAAACAAAAGCUUUCUGGAUAACACCAGAAGAGAAACAGUUUGCAAUUGAAAGAAUGGAAAAGAUUAACAGAAAACCAUAUACAGGGGAGUUGAAUUUUGCUUUAGUUAAAAGAGUUGCCAAAAGUCCAUAUACCUAUUUGUUUACUCUUAUAUAUACUUGUCAUUUCAUUGCUGCAAGAUUACCUGAAUUUUUCAACUUGUAUUUAAAGAGUACUGGAAGAUAUACAGUUUACCAAUUAAAUACAAUUCCAACUAUUGGAAAUGCUAUUGAAUUCGUUACAAACUUAUUAGUUGCUUGGCUCUCGGAUUAUUAUGGUCAUCGUUGGAUAUUUAUAUCAUUCUGUUCUUUUAUGGCGGUGGUUGGGUCUAUUAUUCUUGUGAUUUGGCCGGCCCAUAAUAUUCAUGCUAUGUAUGCUGGUUGGCUUUUAAUGUUUAUUGAACAUUCAGGUGCUCCAAUUGUUGUAGUUUGGCUAAAUGAACUUUUGGGCCAUGAUGGUGAGCGUAAAGUUUUGACUCUUGUCGUCGGUGAAAUUAUUGCAUAUGUGUUCAGGGCCUGGGUUCCAUUAUUGUUAUAUCCUUCAGGAAAUGCUCCUUAUUAUGGUGUUGGAUAUCCAAUUUCGUUGGCUCUUUUUGCUCUUGAAGGUUUUACUGCCUUUGCCAUGUAUAUGUAUUCCAAGUAUGAAAUCAAACGUAGGGCCCCAGAAGAUUGUUAUUGCGGACAAGUCCCGAGUGAUGCAAGUGUUGGUCUGAAAGAAUCUGAUGUUCAUGAGGCAGAAGAAGAGAUAUCUACAAUUAGUGUAUAGUUAGAAUAAAAAACUAAUGU